AUGGCAACAUCUGCUGAGGAUGUGAAUUUCAAAGAUUUCACGGAAAACUUUACAGAGUUAUCCUUCAUGUGUUCCUACACCAAGGAUGCCUUUUCGGUGAAAGUCUGGAGACGGUGCAAGGAGAGAGAAGAGCUGGAGGCUCUGCCUCAGGAGAUCAUUGAUCGGAUCCUGUCCCUGGAUAACUACUUCAUUUACAACACCAUCUGGGCUGUGGCAUGGGCCUUACAUGCAGCCUACUUAUCCAGAUCUAAGAGGACAAGGAUCAAAGGUGGGAAGAACUUGGAAAGUCCAAGGCUAAAAGGAUGGCAGCCCCUCCCUCCUUCCAGGUGUGUGGAAAGCUGUCGUCCUGGAUUCAUGAAGGUGGCUCAGGAAGGGAGGCCCAUCUGCUGCUAUGACUGUCUUCCUUGUGCAGAAGGAACCAUCUCCACCAUGGAAGAUGGAGAAAAAUGCAGAAAAUGUCCAGAAGAUCAACAUCCAAACAUUAAUCAAGUUCACUGUAUCCCCAAGAUUAAAACCUUCCUAUCCUAUCAAGAAUCUCUGGGGAUCAUCCUGGUUUCCACUGCUGUGUUCUUCUCUUUAGUCACAGGCUUUGUCUUGGGAAUCUUCAUUAAAUUCCAAAAAACUCCAAUUGUCAAAGCCAACAACCGGGACCUGUCCUACAUCAUCCUCAUUACCCUCCUGCUUUCCUUCUUGACCUCUUUCCUCUUCAUUGGCCAACCAAGGAGAGCCACCUGCCUUCUCCGACAAACAACUUUCAGCAUCAUUUUCUCAGUUGCUGUCUCUUCUGUCUUGGCCAAAACAGUCAUGGUGGUGUUAGCCUUCUUGGCCACAAAACCAGGGAAUAAAGUGCAAAGAUGGCUGGGGAACAGCCUAGCCAACUCCAUCAUCCUUUCUUGCUCAGGUGUCCAAGUCGUUCUCUGCACAUUCUGGCUGGGAACCUCUGCUCCAUUUCCUGACUCUGACAUGCAGUCCCAGCCUGGAGAGAUCAUCCUGCAGUGCAAUGAAGGCUCUGUCACCAUGUUUUAUGGGGCCCUCGGCUACAUGGGCUUCCUGGCAGCCAUCUGCUUCAUGGUGGCUUUCCUGGCCAGGAACCUUCCUGGAGCCUUCAAUGAAGCCAAGCUUAUUGCCUUCAGCAUGCUGGUUUUCUGCAGUGUCUGGGUCUCUUUUGUACCCACGUACCUGAGCACCAAGGGGAAGUACAUGGUAGCUGUGCAGGUCUUCUCCAUCUUGGCCUCCAGUGCUGGUCUGCUGGCCUGCAUCUUCUUCCCCAAGUGCUACAUUAUUCUGCUAAGACCAGAGCUGAAUACAAAAGAGCAUUUGAUGUCAAAAUAA